GCUUGCAUCCAGCUAGUCGGUUGCAUGUCGUGACACCGAUUAAUGUGACUCUAAGCGACGCUCUCAGUCGUAAAUACAGAAGUGCAUAAAGAUACAGUAGUAGCAUGAGCAGCAGCGGCAGCAGCACACCCCAUGGCCGUAGGUCUUUUGGCCUUUGUGGUGGAUUAAUUGCGAUCUUGUGCAUAAACGAGAUCGCCUUGGCUGUGAUGGUGGCAGCCGUCCCCUACUACACGGAGAAGCCAUCCUGGUUGCCCUCGUGCCGAAUUUACGAGCCUGGCUUCACCAAUUGCUCGACGAACAGUGUGCAGAAGCUUCUGGAUCAAAUGAACAUCGGCAUUCCAGAGAUACUCGAUAGCUUUGGUCCUUUCGAUCCCAUGCGCGUGAGAGACAUAGUCUUCAAGCAGGACAACAAUGAGGUGGCCACCAUAAGAGCCAAUCUCACAGAGCUUGUGGUGAAGGGGUUCGGCCAGACCAAGGUCAAGGAAAGCCGUAUCAGCAAGAAGGACUUUAGCUGGCAGACCAAGAUCUUUCUGCCCAAAAUGCGACUGGAUGGCAAGUACCAAAUGGCUGGACGGAUUCUUCUCAUCCCACUAAGUGGCUCUGGAAAUAUAUUCAUAGAGAUCCACGAUCUGGACAUACUGCUGCUAACCAAGACGCAGCUGUACGAGAAGGGCGGCUUCACAUUCGACAAUGUGACGUCGAUUCGUGUCCAACUGAAGCUCUCCCGCGUGCACACCAAUCUGGAUAACCUGUUCAACGGUCGCAGUCCGGAGGUGGAGCGCAGCACCAAUCAGUUUUUCAACGACAACUGGCGGGACUUUUACGAGGCCCUCAAGCCGCUGAUUAUCGAAACGGUCGAGAACAUUCUCUUCGAUGUGAUGUCCAAGGUGUUCCAUCUGAUACCGGCUAAUUUCUUUGUGGAAGAUAUGCCCACUCCCCAGGAGUUUUAUGGCUCCAAGCAAGCGCCUGUUAGUGAUAAUGGAUCCACAUCCAGUGCAGAGUGAGAACUGAUCAUUCCGUCUAGUGCAUUUGAGAGUCUAUUCCAGUUUUGAGCUGAGACUUUGUCGGAGAGACAUUUACAUACUGGCAAUAAAUGUUUAUUACUUGCAUGA